AAUCCUAUUCCGUUUGUGAUACGAAUUACCGGCCGUCGAGGAGUCAGCCCGGCCAGAUACCAAAACAAAUAUAUUUUUGAACUUGCAUUCCGUUUUUGAUUCCAUCCAUCACUAGCCUGUCAGCUGUAGCCAAGGCGUUUAUAUAGCCUUGGCCAAGGCUAUACUGUAGCUGCCUGCGACGAAAAACAACGUGUGGGGUGAAUGGCGAAUCGCCCGUUUUGCUGAAGAAUGACUCAAGGAGCUACUUGCGCUCAAGAAAUGGCUUGGCAACCAAAUGAAGAUGGUUUGAAGCAGAUUUUGCAACUUCUCAAGGAGUCGCAAUCGCCUAAUACGGAAACUCAGGCGGCGGUGCAACGUAGACUCGAGGAGCUCAACAAGUACCCUGAUUUCAACAACUUCUUGGUCUAUGUCCUCACAAAGCUGAAAACUGAGGAUGAAGCAACACGGUCCCUGAGUGGACUGAUAUUGAAGAACAAUGUGAGGACAUACUUCCAGAAGCUACCACCUCAAGUUGCUAGCUUUAUCAAGCAGGAAUGCCUGAAUGCAAUAGGAGAUCCCUCACCCCUCAUCAGGGCAACCAUAGGUAUUUUAAUUACGACCAUCACCCAGAAGGGCGAGCUGACCUCGUGGCCGGAGCUGCUGCCGCAGCUGUGCAAUCUGCUCGACUCAGAAGACUACAAUGUGUGCGAGGGCGCUUUCGGAGCUCUGCAGAAAAUCUGCGAGGACUCGACCGAGAUGCUGGACAGCGAGGCCCUCCCGGACCGACCGCUCAACAUUCUCAUUCCGAAGUUCCUGCAGUUUGUGCGCCACACCAGCCCAAAAAUCCGCUCACACGCGAUCGCGUGCGUGAACCCGUUCAUCAUCAAUCGGACGCAGGCGCUGAUGGUGAACAUUGACACCUUUGUGGAGAACCUGUUCCACCUGGCCACUGAUGAGGACGCCGAGGUGCGCAAGAACGUGUGCCGCGCGCUGGUCAUGCUGGUCGAGGUGCGCAUGGACCGGCUCAUCCCGCACAUGAACAACAUCAUCGAGUACAUGCUGCUGCGGACCCAGGAUCCGGACGACACCGUGGCCAUCGAGGCCUGCGAGUUCUGGCUCUCGCUGGCCGAAGAGCCCGUCUGCAAGGAGGCGCUCUCGCCCCACCUGAACCGGCUCAUACCGGUGCUCGUCCGCGGCAUGAAGUACUCCGACUUUGACAUCAUGCUGCUCAAGGGCGACGUGGAGGAGGACUCGAUGGUCCCUGACCGGGACGAGGACAUCCGGCCGCGCUUCCAUCGGUCUCGCACCCACCAGCUGGAGCACGAGAGUAACGGGGGCGCCGGAGGCGAGGGGGCCAGCGGACUGGAUGAGGAUGAGGACGGUGACGGCUUCGACGAGGAAGGAUCCUUGUCUGACUGGAAUCUCCGAAAGUGCAGCGCGGCGGCUCUGGACGUGCUAGCGAACGUGUUCCACGGCGAGCUGCUGCCCGUGCUGCUGCCCAUCCUGAAGGAGACGCUCUUCCACCAGGAGUGGGUCGUCAAGGAGUCGGGCAUCCUGGCACUCGGCGCCAUCGCAGAGGGCUGCAUGGGCGGCAUGAUCCCCCAUCUGCCGGAAAUCGUGCCCUACCUGAUCAACUCACUGUCGGACAAGAAGGCACUGGUGCGGUCCAUCACAUGCUGGACGCUGAGUCGGUACUCGCACUGGGUGGUACAGCAGCCGCAUGAGCAGUACCUGAAGCCACUCAUGGGAGAGUUACUGAAGCGCAUUCUGGACCCGAACAAGAAGGUGCAGGAGGCGGCGUGCAGUGCGUUCGCAACACUGGAGGAGGAGGCCUGUACCGAGCUGGUGCCCUACCUGGGCUUCAUCCUGCAAACCCUGGUGUACGCCUUUAGCAAGUACCAGGCCAAGAACCUGCUGAUUCUCUACGACGCCAUUGGCACGCUGGCCGACUCUGUGGGCGUCCACCUCAACAAGCAGGAGUACAUCGACCUGCUGAUGCCGCCGCUGAUCGUCAAGUGGAACGUGCUCAAGGACGAGGACAAGGACCUGUUUCCGCUGCUCGAGUGUCUGUCGAGCGUGGCGACGGCUCUGCAGAGCGGCUUCCUGCCGUAUGCUGAGCCGGUGUUCCGGCGCUGUGUGUCUCUGGUGGAGCAGACCAUCAACCACACCGUGGCGAACCAGCAGAACCCCCAGCAGGUGGACGCUCCCGACAAGGACUUUAUGAUCGUGGCGCUCGACCUGCUGUCGGGUCUGGCCGAGGGCCUGGGCGCCCACAUUGAGCCGCUCAUCAAGUCCUCCAACCUGAUGCAGCUGCUGUUCCAGUCGAUGCAGGACUUCAUGCCGGAGGUGCGCCAGAGCAGCUUUGCUCUGCUCGGCGAUCUCACCAAGGCCUGCUUCCAGCACGUGGCGCCCAACAUCUCGGACUUCCUGACGAGCCUGGCGCAGAACCUGAACCCUGAGCUGAUCUCCGUGUGCAAUAACGCCACCUGGGCCAUCGGAGAAAUCGCCGUCAAAAUGGGCCAGGAGAUGCAGACGUACGUUCCGAUGGUGCUGCCUCAGCUGAUCCUCAUCAUCAACCGGCCCAACACGCCCAAAACGCUGCUCGAAAACACCGCGAUCACUAUCGGUCGGCUGGGGCUUGUCUGUCCGAAGGAGGUGGCGCCCCACUUGCAGCACUUCAUUCGUCAGUGGUGCACCUCGCUGCGUAACAUCCGCGACAACGAGGAGAAGGACUCGGCGUUCCGCGGCGUGUGCCACAUGAUCACGCUGAACCCGAGCGGCGUCAUCACCGACUUCAUCUUCUUCUGCGACGCCGUCGCCAGCUGGGUCAACCCCAAGCCCGACCUCAAGGAGAUGUUCCACCGCAUCCUGCACGGCUUCAAGGACCAGGUGGGCGAGGAGAACUGGCGACGGUUCAGCGACCAGUUCCCACCCAUGCUGAAGGAGCGGCUGGCCGUCAACUACAACGUCUGAGACGUAUGCCGUUAGGAACCCCAAACAAUUGGCGGGCCGUCGCGCGGGAGGCGGGAAGCGGGCAGUGGGGGCGACAUAUCAGCUGACUGCGGGCGGGCGGGCGGGUGGGCGCGCUACGUUAAGACACCCACACACACACCUAUCGAUAGGCGCCUCGCGUCCUCUCUGUCCUCGCCCGUGUUAUCUAGUUAGGACUCUGCUGCGUGUUUUAGCCUGCUCUGACUCUGCGUGUGUGCGAUACGUGUAGGCCAACCGUCCUUGCAACUAACUGCGCCGCGCUACUCGCAUCGAGAGACGGAGAGAAUCGAAGCAGAUCGCUCGCGCCGCGACCGACCGGCACCCCGCGCGCGCCGCCGCCACCACCGUAAUGCUGAAGUGCCUUGGCUGUGAUAGGUAUUCAAUUCAUUGAUCGCGGGCCAAAUUGUACCAUAGUCUGCACCGUUACGUUGUUCAUUCUGCCGUGUCCAUCGCCCGCGGGUGCGCGCGGCCGUCGGUGCCGUCAGCGCCUUCGUCACCGUCGUCGUCGUCGCCGUCGUCGUUUCGUCGUGACAACUUGUGCCGUAUUUUUGCUGUGCGCUGCCUCACGGCGCGCUAGGGUGCGCCGCGCGCGAGGGCGGGCGGGUGGGUCUGUGAUAGGUCGUUUAACGAGCGCUCCGUGUUUUAACGUAUUUCAGGGAAGCGUCGCUCAUAUGUAUUUAUGUUGAUUGCGUGCAUGAACGUCGUCUUUUUAUUUGUCAUUUUGUCGAGCUGUUAGGCGCGUUAACCAGUGUUAGGACGGUGCGUGGUUGUCCGUCGUCGUUUCUCAACUCGCGCUGGCCGCGCGCCCGAACCGUGCCGCCUUAUGUCCGGCGGCUGGCCGUGGGGACCGCGGGUGGCUGCCGCGGGCACAGGUCCCUCUUCUGGUCUGCAACACUCAGACCCGCUCACACACGGACACGGACAGUUCGUGUCUGUUCUCAAACCGCCCUACUUGAUACGUGCCCCGCAUUUUGUCGUACAGCUAUGAUAUCAACGAUGCACUCAACCGGUCCGAAUUACCAGCUGCCUGUGCGCUGUGUACGCCGGCCGUCCCGCGCCGCCGCGCGUCGUCGUGCGUCUCGUUCGUCUCGCGCCGCGUCGCGCCGCUCUCGGCGGCCACACCUGCGGCCUGAUUCGCUCCGCGCGUUACCGGACGACGCGCUCGCCUCAUCUUACUAGUUCCUGUACAACCGCGUGCGCCUGGGUGCGGGCGCGUCAGUGUGCGUGUGUAGGCCUUGUGGCGACUGAGCCGCCUCUACUCGCCUUUCGUUGGCGUUGCAUGCUUUCUCCAUGUAUCCAGUAAUUACGUACACAUAGACACUCGCUGUUAACGUAUAAACGCAAAAGCGCGUAACGUGUGUACCCAAGUUGCUUGCAGGCUUCUAUCGAAAUUAAUUGAAAUCAGCACGGCUAUAAGAGCGUGAGCUCGCCAUUUGGCCUAUAAUCUGUUACGCGCUUUUGUGUUUGUACCGCCUACAGACAGACACACACACUCGCAGUGAGACCGCGGGCUCGGCGCGGUCGCAGCCCGCCCGCUGUGGCGGUGUUUGCGGCCGCGUGCCCGGGCCCGCGCCGUCUCCGGCGGUCCCGGGAGGUCUGUGAUAGGAGCGGCCGCGCCGCGCCGCGCCUCAUGUGAUUUUACGCUUAGGAGUGUGUGGACGCGUGACUUACUCUUUCGCCCCGCGCCGGCUGGUGUCCGAAUCGCCAGCCGGUCCGGUGGCUGGCCGGGGUAUUUUUAGGCAAAUUUUGAGGUCAGGUGUCGCCAAGUGGGUCCCCCGGGAGGGAGGGGGUGCGAGGGUCCCCACAGGAACAGCAGCGGGUGGGGGGAGGGGUAGCUGAUAAGCAUACAAUAAGGCUUGACGUUCUCUGUUGUAAGUCUCCUAGGCUUAAAAUUCUCCGUUAGCCGGUGUCCAGCUUCGGGAUUGUCCAGAACGGUCGGUUAUUAACUAGCAAAUAAAGGGAGGCGUUUCACCAUGUGUCACGGCUUUGAUUUGCGCUGUGAAAUAAUACACCUGGUGGCUGAACCUUGCCGGUGAA